AAUCAAAAUCCUCCCUGAAAUUGCUCCUGAUGAGAUCCUUUUUCACUUCCCACUUCCCCUCUUCUCCUCCCUCCUUAUCUUUCCCCCACACCAUCAUCAUCAUUCCAUACUCAUCUCCCUCCCUCGUCACACCAGACCACCCCACAAACUCCUCUCUCCCUCUCUCCAUCGAAUGGCGACGAAUUCUCUAAACCCCCUCCGCCACCAUCACAGCCGCCACCACGGCGGCCGCCACCACCACCUCAGACGCCGCCACUCCCUAGACUCCCCGUCCUCUCUCUUCCUCAAACCCACCACCACCACCACCAUCACCACCGCACAGUCUCUCUCCACCUCCACCACCACCACCUUUUCUCUCUCCCCCGCCACCUCCUCCUCCUCCUCCACCGCCGCCGACGCCGCCACCGCCACCACCCCCUCCCCCUCCCCCUCCUCCACCUCCCUCGACCUCCUCGAGCGCCACCUCGCCGCCAAGAACUUCCGGCAGGCCGACGAGGAGACCCGCCGCCUCCUCAUCGCUCUUGCUGGCGACGCCGCCCUCAAGCGCGGCUACGUCUUCUUCUCCGAGGUCCAGUUCAUCGCCGCGGCCGACCUCAAGGCCAUCGACGGCCUGUGGCGUCGCCACAGCGGCGGCCGCUUCGGGUACAGCGUCCAGAAGAGGCUGUGGGACAAGUCCAAGCGGGACUUCACGAGGUUCUUCAUCAGGCUCGGGUGGAUGAAGAAGCUGGACACGGAGGUGGAGCAGUACAACUACAAGGCGUUCCCGACCGAGUUCAUGUGGGAGCUGAAGGAGGACACUCCCGAGGGCCACUUGCCGCUCACCAAUGCCCUGCGAGGGACUCGGCUGCUCAGCAACAUCCUCACUCACCCGGCUUUCGCCGACGCGGAAGCCGAAGGAGGAGGAGGAGAAGAAGGAGAGGCGCAAGAACGAGGUGAUCCAGCAAUCAAGAAAGGCGGGUUGUUGAAGGGCUUGAAGGGCGAGAACGCCUCCUCCUCAAAGCCGCAAUCCGAAAGGGUGUUCAAACCAGACUACAGCUUCUGAUCUUGCUUCAGGAAUUACUGUUACUGAUUCAUCAAUCUUGAUGAAAUCAGCACACCCAUAAUCGGUACAUUGUUGAUUGGUCUUUCUUUAUCUUUUGGUUUCUGCAUAUUCUGCUCUCUUUUCUUUUUCCUUUUUUGGGUUUCCAUCAUCGUUUAACACAUAGUCAUCGGCAUUGCCAUGUUGCAAUGUGACCGAUUCUGUGUGUGCCAAGUGCGGAAAUGAAAUGGUUUAUAGAAAGAGCAUGGGGACAAGUCAAAUAGUAAUAUGUAAUUUAAGUGCUUUUUUCUAUGGGACAGUGGGGACAAAGGCAGGGGCCAGACAUUUUGUUCAUUUAUAUGUCUUCUUUAUAAGGUCAAUACUAAAUAUUAACACACGUAGAAUUUGUUUUUUC